GCCUCUCCUGACUGUGACACAGAUCUGACAACAACUGAGUGAAAAUGUGAGUUUCUCUGUUCCUGAUUCUAAGGUCGUCUUCAUGUAAGAAGAGACAAACUUUUAAAAGCAGAAGAAUCCGACAUGAAAGAUGAAACAUUUCCUCUAAAGGAGGAACUCUCCCUGCAGAGUGUGUCAGCUCCUGGUUUUCAUGCGGUGUGUGCCGGUGCAGGCUCAGUGGUGCAGGUUCUUGUGAAGGACCUGGUCCCCGGAAGCUGAGAAACAGAAAGUGUUUAGUGUUGAGUCAGUGACGCAGCUCGGAGCCGUUAGAUGCUCCGUCAGUGAUGCUGCAGUGAUGGAGCUGAGAUCAACAGCGAUGGAGCUUCUUCCUCUCGUGUGUCUCUGUCUCCUGACUUGGUCUGGAACAACGUUUGCUGAUGGAAACGAACCAAAGAUCAUCAGUGUGUCAGAAGGACAUGAUGUAACUUUACCCUGUUCCCUCAGCUCCAGAGAGAACAUUCAGGGAAAACGCUUUGACUGGAAGAAAGAUGGUCAGCAGGAUGUUUUCCUGUAUGAAAGUGGAGACCAUUACAAUAAACAGCUAUCAGGUCAAGAUCCACAGUUCAGAGGUCGUGUCUCACAUUUUGAAGAUGAACUGAAGAAUGGAAACGCCUCCAUAAUCAUCAGACAUACGAAGCUGACUGACAGUGGAAACUACAUCUGUGAUUUUCCAGGUCGUCAAACAUCCCACAUUCAGCUUGUUGUUGGUGCAGCUCCAGAGCCGUACAUCAGGAUACUUGGUGAAACAAAGGAUGGAGAACUGCUGCAGUGUGUCGUUCGAGGAGCUUCUCCCAAACCUAAAGUAGAGUGGAAAGACAGUUCUGGAAACAUCCUUCCUGCUAAAGACCCUCAGGUCUCUGAAAGAGGAGGACGCUAUGACAUCACCCUCCAAACGACUGUGACCGAGACCGGCAACUACACCUGUGUAUCCACACAGGAGGAAAUCAACCAUCAGAUUUAUGCUGAGACCUUUGUGUCUAUCAAUGGGGGAAUAUUCAACACAGUGACCAUUGCCUGUGUUAUUGUUAUUGGAGUAUUAUUUCUUCUUGUAGUUGUGCUUGCUGUUAUACUCUGCAGAAGGAACAACAGACAGAGGGGCCGGUACUGACCCCCCCAGUCAGAGUGAGGGUUUCCAGGUCUGACACGUACCUUGAGGUUUGCUGCUGAAGUGUGUGUGUGCAGUCAGUACUUUUAUUCUUGUGGGGACCAGUUUUGAUUUUAGACCAAAAGCGUGGAGAGGUUUUUAGAAACUGAGCACAUGUUGUCCAGUCCUCACUGAUCCAAAGGUUUUAGGACAGACCAACAUGUACACAGGUAUUUUUAAUGUAGUUUUUUCUCUGUGGAUUAGGAUUAAAUUUGCCUGCUCAUCCUGUCUCUCUGCAGCAGCACCAGGAGGGGCCAGUGUAGCGCAAAUAUUUCAAUCAAAUUUCAAACAUUUAAAUGUCCUCAGACAGAGGACAGGACAGUUUUAGUUGCCUUACUUUUUUUUUAUCUGUGGCUUAAUACAAUAUCAACAUGCUCACAUUUACAAUGAAACAGGUUUUGGUCUCUGUAAUCGUUCGUCCUGUCCACACUGAGUCCUUCAUGUGCUGUCAGUGGAAGAGAUGGAGAUAAAAUCCUCCAUUCAGAGUUAACUUAAAGGCUUCAGCCGUCUAAGAUGAACAACUGUCAAUCUUUCAAAGUUACUGUCUUUAGAAAUCUGUUGUUCUUCUGCAGCUCAGAGAAGAUCACUGCCCCUUUAGUCAUAAUAAAGUCACCUCCCAGAGAUACUGGUAGAAUAAUUAGUGAGAAAAAACAUGAAGGCUGAGAGUUUUCAGUCGCUGCAGUCGUUCAAACUGGUAGAAGAACAUAAAUCAGUCACUGUUCAGCAGUGUCAGUCACCUGUAACCAGUUUACUUCCUGUCCUGACAGUCGUGUUUAGGUUUAUUGUCAGUGACUGUCAGGACGUGUCGUCCUGCUGAGGCUCAGCAAUGAAACACAAAGAGGGAAUUUCAGACUUUAGAAGUCAUCCAGUCUGCCAGUGUUGAAGAGAGGAGUGAUUACAGUGACCCAUAACUCUCUCAACAUGUGAGUAAAAAAUACAAAAUGCAGCUGUAAGUUUGAAUUUUGCAAAAAUGUCCAGUUUCCUUCCUCUGUGUGGUGAUGAAGUUGGUUUGUUCCAGGGCUUUUUUUUAUUCCAUUUCUUAGUUUGUUGAACAUAGAGUAGAUUUUGCUGUAAAUACGCUAAAGUCAGAUAAAAGGCUGUUUUUCAUCUGCAGUGCUCAGACAUGGACAGAAGAAAAUAAGUUUUAAUUGAUAAAGAUGUGUAUCUAAUUACCAAUUAAAGCAUGUGACAAACAUAAUAUACCAUUAAAAAAUCAUCUAAAACAGGACAUAACUCACAUUGGACUGAGAUGACAGUGAACACACAUGCAGUUACAGUGCAGACACAGAGUGGAGUUAAAAGGUGAUGAGAGUAUCUGCCUUCUAACACUGACUGAACUGACUGAACUGUUCCUUUAACUGAGAUUUAUAUGAAUAAUAUGUGUCUGAGAGAGAAUCUGCUUAUUAACGUUGCUGAGGAGUUUUACAACCUCAGAGUUUUUGUUUCAUCAUCCAACACUGCUCUCUCAUUAUGAGUCUCAUUUCACUCCUGUUACUGUUCAUGUAGGUUUAUCAGCGAGGAGAUCAAAUCAGAGUAGCCUUUGUUACAUUCAUUCUGUCUGUAUGAAUGACAUGGACCUCACAGUAAGACAGAGUGAAACAUUAAAAAUAAUGAGAUGACAAAACAGCACGAAAAUAAAAUAAUACAACAGAAUUUAAUUGGACAGAGUUAAAAAGGGACCAAAUGAGGAGAAAACUUUCUGAUAAAAUGCAUUUUUAAGAAGAGAUUUAAAAGAUCACACAGAUUUUUUAAAAAGCUUAUUUACCUCUGAAAAUGUCUGACUUGCUGUAAAUGACCUGAUGACUUCAGGCUGCAGCUCAGAACGUCAUGUGAACCAAAACCUAAUGAGGAGAACUGCAACAGUCCAGAAACCAUCAGAUCAAAUCACACAACAGUUAAAAUCAGUCGUAUUUGAUCUGAACUCCUCGGCUGAAGGAAACGACACUGAACCACUGCAGUCACUUCAGACUUCUAAUAAAAAGUAGAAACAGCUGCAGCAGGAGGUCUGUUCAUCAGAGUCGGUGGUUCAAUCCCCGGCUCCUCCCGUCCACAUGUCGAAGUGUCCUCGAGCAACACACUGAUGGUCAGACCUGCAUCAGUGUGUGAGUGUGUGUGUGAAUGACAGGUGUAAAUAUUAAAGCUCUUUGAAGAAAAGUGUCUUCUAAAUGCAUCAGUCUCAGAUCUGAUCAAACUGCUUGUAGCUGUUGACUGAGUUGGACGUGGACGUGGACAAAAACAGACUUGAGUCAAAUCAAAUGUGCUGUUCUGCUGAAUGUGAAGCUUCUGCAGCUAAAGUGAAACAUAAUGUGACUUAUUGUUUAUUUUCAUAUCUGUGUUAUUGAGCUUAUCUGGGACAAUCAUGUUGCUUCAGAACAGUUUGAAUAAAAGCUGAAAACUAUCAAACUGGA